AAAAAGUAACAAAUUAUAAUAAUAAUCAAUCUCCAGAUUCAUUAUUAACAACAAUACAUAAUGUUGGAUAUUGUGAAAUAUCAAGACAAAUCAACAAUACAAUUUGCAAUCUAUUUCUAAUUAAUAAUGAAAAAUAUUUAUUAGCAGAAGCUAUAGAUUUUAUAGAAG